AGAUAAGAUAAUACUUCGUUAAGCGAGUUUAAAUAUCAGACAGUGAAGACAGUCAUUGGUUUAGUUCAACAAGUAUCAUUUAUACAUAUAACAUUAAUUUUUACAUAGUUAAGAAGAGUGAAUAAAAAUGCCGGCUUACAAAUGGUUGAGUCGAUCGGCGGGAACUCCAGUUCCCCACACAGCAGUUGAAGGAGGACGAGAUAUAGAUGGUAGCACUAUUUAUGUAGGCAGAGCAUUUCACGAGGGAGACAUGAUUCCAGCAAAAGUAAUUCCAGAUCAAAACGUUGCAUAUGUUGCUUGGGGUGGCCAGGAACAUCCAAAAAGUAGUUAUGAGGUUUUGUGUCAAGGCGAAUUUGCAUGGGAAUUUUGUAGCAAUGGACAAAUUCCCUCAGAUGCUGUUGUUGGAGGACAAACAAGAGAAGGUGAACCCUUGUAUAUUGGACGUGUGAUUCACAAAGGAUCACAAACAAUUGGAAAAGUUCAGGGAAGUCAUGGUGUGUUGUACAUUCCAUUCGAUGGAGAAGAAUUGUCCUUCAACGAUUAUGAAGUCCUUGUUUUGCACUAAAUCCAGAUUAUUUAGCGAAACAAAUUAUUUAAGAACAUGACUUAUUUUUUUAUAUAAAUGCAUAAUAAAAUUUUUUUUUAUUUACAUCACAUAAUGUAUCAAAUUUUUUUUUGAAAUCAUCUUUUUGAUUUCAUAAAAUAAGUUUUUCUUUGUUCGUAUUAUUGAAAAAAAAAUAAAAUUGAAAAUUCAAUUAAA